AGCUACAACAUAAACACAUCUAGGUUCUUGUUCUUAGAAUACAGCAUGAAGCAUUUGCUUUCUUCUUUCUUCCUAACAUUUUCAUGCGAGAUCCAGAAAGGACACAUUGUCUCUGGCCAUUCGAAGAAACAAAGAAAGAAAGUAAGAAAAGGUAUUUAAAGAGAGAGAAAGAGAGCGCGAGAGAAAGAGAAAAGCUAAAAUGGGUUUGCUGGGUUCUAAAAAUCCCCAAACCAAACAAGCCCAAAUUCUUCUUUUGGGACUUGACUCAGCUGGGAAGUCUACUCUCCUUUAUAAAUUAAAGCUGGCUAAGGAUAUUAUCACCAUCCCUACAAUAGGUUUCAAUGUGGAGAUGAUCGAGUUGGAAAGGAGUCUUUCGCUCACAGUCUGGGAUGUUGGAGGACAGGAAAAAAUGAGAACUGUUUGGGGCUGUUACUGUGAGAACACUGAUGGGUUGGUGUAUGUUGUGGACAGCACAGACAAACAGCGACUGGAAGAGUCUCGGAGACAGUUUGAGCACAUUUUGAAGAAUGAACACAUUAAAAAUGUGCCUGUUGUUCUAUUAGCCAACAAACAAGACAUGCCUGGAGCUCUGACUGCUGAGGACAUCACCAGAAUGUUCAAAGUGAAGAAGCUUUGCAGUGACCGGAACUGGUAUGUGCAACCCUGCUGUGCCCUCACAGGGGACGGGCUGGCCCAGGGGUUCAGGAAAUUAACUGGAUUUGUGAAGAGCCACAUGAAAUCAAGAGGAGACACUUUGGCAUUCUUCAAGCAGAAUUGAGACUGAAAAAUCCAAGUCUCAACAGAGACACUGAUGAAGUUGAAAGGGUAAUUGUUUUUCUAUGCCAAAUGAAGAAAUCAAAUUAUUGAGAUGACAAACUUUUCCUGAGAUGUUAUUUCAUUUACAUUUAGUUAAACAACUUAGAAUGAUAUCUAGAAAAUAUUUAUUUUUCAGCCAGAAACUUUAGCAAACUGUGGCAAUGCUCACUGGGAAUGAAAAUGUAUAAUGUUCUACAAAUUUUUAUCACAUUGGAUGACUUUGAAUAUAGUAGUCACAUUUGGGACCAAAUAAAUUACUACAUUAUUAAUUGUAUAUGACUACUAGAACAAAGUUUUAGUAAGCUGUCUGCUAAUAGAGUCAGAAUUCUUCCAGAUUGUUUCCAGCUGUAACAGGUAUUGAAUUUCCACCAUGCUCCUAUGUAAUAGCUGGGUGGUGUAAAAAACGAACUUCAAAUUGUGGAGUGGAAAAGGGGUAAUGUUAACAUCUUGUAAAUUCAUGUUCCCUAAAUAAAGCUUUCUUAUUUCCUAAA